CCAACAUUUUUUGAGGUUGUAGUAUUGUUGGGUGCGUAUCGUUCAUUUGAAGAAAAAUUUAAUUUUUGCUAUAUUACGAAGAAAUUAAAAUGGCUCUUCACGUCCCUAAAGCCCCGGGCUUUGCCCAAAUGUUAAAGGAUGGUGCUAGGUAUUAUUCUGGACUGGAAGAAGCUGUUGUUAGAAACAUAAAAGCGUGUAAGGAGUUCGCUCAGUCUGUUAAAACGGCUUACGGACCUAAUGGCAUGAACAAAAUGGUCAUUAACCACAUUGAAAAACAGUUCGUCACUAGUGAUGCUGCUACUAUUAUACGCGAAUUAGAUGUGGAGCAUCCCGCUGCUAAAUUGAUGAUACUCGCCAGCGAAAUGCAAGACGCCGAAGUUGGUGAUGGAACUAAUUUGGUUAUUAUUUUGGCAGGGGCACUUUUAGAAUGCUCUGAAGAAUUAAUCAGAUUAGGAGUCACACCUACUGAAAUUGCCGAAGGUUAUGAGAAAGCUUUAGACAAGUGUUUAGAAAUUCUUCCCAAGUUGGAAUGCUAUAAGGUGAAGGACAGCCGCAACCUGAGUGAAGUAACAAAAUGCAUAAAAUCAUCAAUUAUGUCAAAACAAUAUGGCAAUGAAGACUUUAUUGGUGAAUUGGUUGCCAAGGCUUGCAUUUCCAUUUUGCCAGAAAAGACAACCUUUAAUGUUGACAAUGUGAGAGUUUGCAAAGUUCUGGGAUCUGGCUUGCACAGCUCCCAAAUAGUCCAGGGUAUGGUAUUUAAGAGACAAGUGCAAGGAGAAAUUACCAAAGCUGAAAAAGCCAAAAUUGUUGUUUAUAGUUGUCCAGUUGAUACCUUGCAGACUGAAACCAAAGGUACUGUGUUGAUUAAAUCAGCUGAUGAGUUAAUGAACUUCAGUCGGGGUGAAGAAAACCUUUUGGAAUUGCAAAUUAAAGCUAUCGCGGAUACAGGGGCAAAAGUUAUUGUUGCGGGUGCUAAAUUUGGAGAUAUGGCUCUUCAUUUCAUACAUAAAUAUGGUUUGAUGGCAAUUCAACUGAAUUCCAAAUUUGAUUUAAGAAGAUUAAGCAAAACUGUUGAUGCCACUGUACUACCUCGCCUUAUUGCUCCGACAGCCCAAGAACUGGGCUACUGCGACAUUGUUUGUUUGGAGGAAUUAGGAGACACACCCAUCGUGGUCUUUAAGCUUGAAAGCAAAGAAUCACGCAUAGCGACGAUAGUGGUGAGGGGCGCCACUGACAAUUAUAUGGACGACAUCGAACGUGCUAUCGACGAUGGGGUCAACACUUUUAAGGGUCUAACGCGAGAUCCUAGAUUUGUUGCUGGCGCGGGAGCGACCGAAGCUGAACUGGCGGUGCAGCUUCUUAAAUACGCAGACACGUUGCCAGGCCUAGAGCAAUAUGCGGUAAGGAAGUUCGCCACUGCACUCGAAACUUUUCCCAAAGCGUUGGCCGAUAAUAGCGGACUCAGAUAUCAAAACGUUUUGGAGAAGAUUUUAGAUGCACAUCAGAAUGGCAACAAAAACGCGGGCGUGGAUAUCGAGACAGAGAACGCCAUCUGCGACGCCGUCGAAAGAAACAUCUUGGAUCUGUACCAAGCCAAGCACUGGGGUCUUAAAUACGCCGUAAACGCGGCAGCGACGGUGCUUCGCGUGGACCAGAUCAUUAUGGCAAAAAGGGCGGGUGGCCCGAAGCCCCGCCAAGCUGCCGGCAGCGACGACGAAUCUUAAAUAAUACGCCUUAUCCAUUUUGCUAUAUACGCCGCUUACGUUUUGUAUCAAUUUGAAGCACUAAUUAUAGACUAAUUUAAUAAACGUUUAGGGC